AUGAGCUCCCAACCCGUCACCGCACCCCCCGCCUCCGCGACCGAUUCAGUCCUCCUCGCCUCCGAGCCCAUGCCCGAAGGAACUCGAGAAGUGUCCGGGGUGGAUUUCGAUCGGUUUCAGGGUCGAGACAUCACGGUGGCCGAGCUGGUAGAUGACCUGACCCAUACAGGGUUCCAGGGAAGUGCCGUCGCCGAGGCUGCCCACAUCAUCAAUGAGAUGCGUGCUUUCCGCCACCCCGAAAGCGGCGAGAAAACCACCAUUUUUCUUGGAUACACAUCCAAUCUGAUCUCCUCUGGUCUCCGAGACACCCUCCGCUAUCUCGUCAAGCACAAACACGUGUCGGCCAUUGUGACCACCGCGGGUGGUGUAGAGGAGGAUCUCAUCAAAUGUCUGGCCCCAACCUACAUGGGAUCGUUCACGACCCCCGGUGCCGGGCUACGGGCCAAGGGUCUCAACCGCAUUGGUAAUCUGCUGGUGCCAAACAACAACUACUGCGCCUUCGAGGACUGGGUGGUCCCCAUUCUGGAUACAAUGCUGGAGGAGCAAGAGGCGGCGAAACGGAAGGCGCGGGAGACGGGCGACGAGGAGGACGAGCUCCACUGGACGCCGAGUCGCAUCACCGAACGCCUGGGUCGGGAGAUCAACCACGAGGACUCGGUCCUCUACUGGGCGGCCCGGAAUAACAUCCCCGUCUUCUGCCCGGCUCUGACCGACGGAUCAUUGGGGGAUAUGCUCUACUUCCACACCUACAAAUCGUCGCCGCAGCGGCUCCGGGUGGAUAUCGUGGACGACGUGCGACGCAUCAACACCAUGGCGGUGCGAGCGGCACGGGCCGGCAUGAUUAUCUUGGGCGGCGGCGUGGUCAAGCACCAUAUCGCCAACGCGUGUCUCAUGCGUAACGGGGCCGAGCACGCCGUGUAUGUCAACACAGCGCAGGAGUUUGACGGCAGCGAUGCGGGAGCCCGGCCCGACGAGGCCGUGAGCUGGGGCAAGAUCAAAACGGACGCAAAGGCCGUCAAAGUGUAUGCCGAGGCUACCGUAGCCUUCCCGCUGAUUGUGGCAGCCUCGUUUGCGCGGGCAGCCCCGUCGCAGAACUUGACUCAGAACUGA